CCGAUCGUUCAAUGCUUCCACCAUGCUUCCACCAUGGGGAUCUGCGGAUGGCUGGCUGUGGCACUGGUGGCAUUGGCAACAGCUGAGGCGCCUUUCCCCGACUAUGACUGCCGUCACCUGGACGGCCACGGCCGCUUGUUGGACUGGGCGGCGUGGCGAACAGAGCUGCAGACUGCCCAGAGUUGGCUGGCCACAUCCCAAGGAGUCCUGGCGAAGUUGUCACAACACCGAGACCGUGCCAUGGAGGAGUGUCCUUUGGGUUUGCUGAUGGCAGAUGUGUUGAGGAUGUUGGUUUGCUUCGAUCGCAGAGAGGAUUGCGCCAACACCUUCGAGCCCCUGGUUCGGCAUGGUUUGGCCAAGUUUGGCUUGCGGGUCUUGAUGGGAACCAACUGGCCGAUCUACCAAGCGUUGCACUCGGACGUUUGGGAGCGACAAAGUCACCGUGGAGUUUUCCAGGAUCCUCAUCUGAGCUGCGUGGAGUCGCAGAUCUUGGACUGGCCACGCUUCAAGCGGAUCUUUGAGAAGGAUGAUUGGUAUCAACCCGCCGUGGACGUGGCCUAUGGCCCCCAACUGGAAGAAUUCUGGCGGGAGGCGGCUCUCGAGUGUCCCUUGGGUUUUGCCAUGGCCAACCUCAUUAAGGCGAUGUUGUGCUCACACACAGAGUCCAUCUGCUUCCGCGCUCACGAGCAGAUGCUGGGUGCCGUCCUGGAAGAAGUGCGGCUGCCGGAUGUGGCCCAAAGCGGAUGGCCCAUCCUUCGCUUGUUGGGACAUGUAGCGCGGGUGGUGAGGCGCCAUGGUUUCCAUCUUGACUUUCUUCCAGAGGAACUGCUUGGAGGAACUCCAACAGCGGCCUCGCAGAGCAUGCAAGAUCUACUCGACUGCUUGCCGAAGCUAACUCUCGCAGCCGAACGUACUGCAGCACGCUGGAACGGCCUGCGCUUGGUCUAUGCGACCAUGGCCUAUGGGACACGUUUCAGCCUUUACCUCAGUCGCUUCCUGAGCCGCGCCGUCGCCUUGUCGUUGGACGUCGUGGCAUUCUGCCUGGACGCUGCAGCCUACGAGGCCUGCCGCAUGGUGGAUGGCCAUUGCGUACGGGGCACACCAUCCAUCCUCAACAAGUUCACUUUGCCAUUGGUGUUGUUGCACCAGAACUUCGAUGUCUUUUGGUUGGACCUGGACGUUUUCCUCUUCCAAUCGCCCACCCGUGCGGUGGCACACCACUUCCGUCACCAGCCCACGGCGGAGCUGUUGGUCUCUGGAUCCUUCGCCGUCGAUUGCAUUUGCAGCGGUGUGGUGCUCUUCCGUUCCACCUCCAAGGUGAAAGAAUGGCUCAAGAAGUUGCUGAUCUGGAUGUACAGCCAUCCCUACGAACACGACCAGAAGCUCUUCAGCGCCUUCCUGCGCUUCGGCGAGCGUGUGGCCUUCGACCAGGAGCUGCCGGUGACGGCGGAGGAGACGCCCAGCGCCGUGGCCGAAACGGCGGGGCACGCGUUGAGCGUGGCGCUUCCUGGACCCCGAGACGCAGUUCGUGUCCGCGCGGCACGUGGACGCCGCCGGCUGGACCGGGGACCCAGACCAGAUCGUGGCGUUUCACAUGCUGCAUGGGGAUUCGGACCAAGCCUUCGCCAGCCGCCAGUUUGCCCAGCGCAACCGCCUGGGUGUGGGCUACCUGCCGCUGCUGGACCUCUUUUUCAACCAAACGGAGCUGCCUGAGUUGUACAAAACCCCGGUGCUGCCGCAUCGACUGUCGCCAGAGCUCAAAGAAGCUCUGUAUCGAUCCUGGCUUCCGCAUCCGAGGCCCAAAGUGCCUCAGAGGUGCAAUGAGACCGUGCCAAUGCAGUAUUGAAAA